UUGCAUGCUUAUCUUUGUUGUUUAAAAACAUGUCCUCUUGUAAUAAACAGCAUUGUGAACCACUGUCAAUCAGGGCUUGUAGUUUAGUCCCAUACAACUUGCAUUCGAUAUAAGUUUGUAGCUGGCUGUCUGAUGUCACAUCGGUACCGUCAGGAUUUUCUAGGAGUGUUUCAUGCUGAUCGUCCCGGAAAGUGGUGUCUAUGUGGAGAGGUUUGGCAUGUUCCUCUAAUUUGGCAGAUGAAUAAUUAUCCUUUACUUUGGGGGUGUCAUAUAGUCAUGUAGUUUUAGAAGCACUUAUUUCUUGAUUUGGUGGUGGGUUAUUUGCAUGUUGAUUUUGGGUUGUCUCUGUUGUAUGUGCUACUGUGUAAGAUGUAUUUGUCCGGUUAUGAUUUUGAUGUGUUUCACCUUGAUUCUUGUGACCUCCAUCUCGCUUGUAAUUAUUCCCAUUUAAACGAUCUCUGCCAUCAUAAUAUGCUCCUCUAUCCUGUUGUUUACUAUUGUAAUAUUGAGAUCUAUUUCUAGAAUUAUUUUCGAAAGGUUGACCUCUGCCAGUAUUUUCAGGGUAUUUUGGAUAUUGAGUGUUUACUCCGGCAUUUGACAUUUGAUUCUCACCAUUAUAAUUUUUUCUGAGACUAUUGCUAUUAUGUUAAAGAGAAUGAUUGGAGUCUCCUGUGCGAUCUUUUACCUGACUGGAUUGGAUACAGUGUAAAUGUUCCAUUAAUUCUUUGCAACUGGCAAUCGAGGAUACUUCUAGUGUCAUGCGAACAUUGAAAGGAAGCUUUUUUGAUAAUAUACUUGCUAGUGAUGCAUCCGCCAUAGAUUUGUCUAGUUGCGAAUUUUUGCACAUCAUCUUAGCCACAAAUUCAGUAUAUGAUUGUCUGCCUCUAUUAUUAUAUGUGCAUGAUAUAAUCUCUGAUAGUGCGUCCAUCUGCUUACGUUCGCUCCAAUACUGCUGCAGGAAUUGGGAGAUGAAGUCCUCCAGGCUAUUGAUAUCUCGCAUCCGGCUCUGGAAAAACAUCAGCGGCUCGCCGAGUAAUAGACUGGACAGUUGGAAACGCCAUACUAACCAAGAGGUUGGUGGCGGAUGGCGGUUGACUGGUCACGUUGGAUGGCGAUUGGGUGGCAGCACUCCUCGUUCCCUCGGCGACGCUUGGAGCAAUCUGCGAAGAUGCCGGUACCAGGUUGGACGCCCUCACUCCCUCAUCUCCCUCAGCCAGACUCUCAUCGGAAUUAAUCACAUCGACGACGUUAUCGAUCUUCGUAUAAGACAAUUGGGCCAAGUUUUGCAGGUCGAAAUUGAUGGAGCAUAUGCUGCCUCCCUCUCUCUCUCGUGGGGUCUCCGCUGCAUUGUCCUGGGGUUGUUGAUUGGCCGGUGUCGUAGCUACAUAGUUUUGGGGGUGGUCGCUGAAGUAGGAAAUUUGCAAGUUAGCUGGCGACUGGCUCAUGGUGACGAUAUUAUGGAAUACUUCGAAUAAAUUGCCAAGUGUACUGCCAAAUUUCAGGAAUAUUAAAAUGGAUUUAGUGAUAGUGCCUAUUCUGGAUAAAAUUGUGUGGUGUUAAAAGUUUCAAGUGUCAUGUACAUAUAUUACGAAACAAACAUCAAGAGACAGGUAUGACUUCCAACCUGUACAAAUUACAUUAAUAUAGUUCUUAAAAUUUUAGUUAGGGUCUUAUCUUCCUUAACAACAAUAAUAUUAUAAUGCCUCAAAUAACCUAUAACCCUGGUCAGCAUACAAUGUCUAGAUUCAAAGAUCAAGAUCAAAAUUUGGUUAUAAGAUUUUAUGGAAAUUUCCAUCCAAUUUUUUCUCUAUUAUGAGAAUUAUGUUAUCAAACUCGUGUGAUACAGUUUGUCUGUAUUUAUGCAGCUUGAAAAAUUUCAAUUUGAAGAGCAACUCAAUUAUUUUAGCCAGAAACUUACAAUAGAUCAUCAGAUAUAUCUUGUCAAAUCGACUUCAAGAUUAUAUUUCUUGCAGCUUUCAGUUUUAUCAAUAAUUUCAUUAAUUAUUGAUAGUAAGAUUGAGUAGGUAAGCUUUUCAUCAUGCCCCACGUUGGGCGCCAUUAUGUAAAAUGGUAAACCUUCGCCCCACUGGUUGGGUGACAUUAUAUGAAGUUGUGCUCCUUGGAGGGUUGUCUCUUAUGGUAGAGCCCCACGUUAUGAAGCUAUAACUGUGUAAGGUGGUAAAUUGCAAAUCCCUUACAGAUGAUACGAUGCUCUUGAUAUUUAUAAGAGCAGUUGUUAAAUUCCCUCUUUCGCGAAUAAAUUCACAAAAAAUUAAGGCCGUCCGGCUCGCAAAAUUACUGGGUUCAAACCUCAGCUCUAGCUCAG